GGCUCGCUGAUGCACGCACGCACGCAAGACGACCCGAUGCGAGCACCCAAAGUCGCAAGGUUGGGGACAGCAUUCAUAGAGGACAGCGCUCGUGCUCGGCAUAUUCUGACUUCUUCACCUCCAACUAUCAUCGAAGCAACUCCUUCUCAUUCUCUGCUCGCGCUGACAGGUGUCUCUCUGCUAUCGAGCGAAUCAUAAUGUCCACCUCAACAAAGAAGCCCGUGUCGAACGGCGCCAAGGCUAACGGCUCCACUCCUUCCAAAUCAAAGAAGGCAGCGUCAAGCGAUGAGCAGGUCAAGCCUUCGCAUGCCGCAGCAAAUGAAGCUUCAGCUGGACAAGCAGAUGAUGCAAUUGCCACUAGCGAAGCCGUCCACAUCGCAAAGCUGACAGGAGGCAAGCCGGAUCCAGACGACAACAAUGCCAAGCUUGAAGCGAUCAAGAAGGAAAUCGAUGCAGCGCAUGCCGAAAUUAACAAUCUCAAGUCCAUACUUUCGGGCUCGGGGCCUAGCAAGGACACGCCAGAAGGUCAAAGGAGAGCAGCUCUCCGCGCUGAGCUGGAUGAGCUUCGUAGCCAACAAGCCGGCAACAAGGGAGCAAGAGGCAAAGUUUUGGAUGACUUGCGUGCCAUCCAGGAUGGCGUUGGUGCAAAAAUCAAAGCGCUUCAAGCGGCCAAGUCGAAAGCAGCUUUCAAGUCACCCGAAGAGGUGGAUGCUCAGAUCGCGAGGCUCGAGAAAUCAGUGGAGAGUGGUUCUAUGAAGCUGGUAGAGGAGAAAAAAGCGCUGGCUCAAAUUUCCAAUCUCAAGCGAGACCGCAAGAAUGUUGAGGCUUUCGCGACUCAACAAGCGGCCAUCGAUGCCGAUCGGAAGCGGGCCGAUGAGCUGCGAAGCGCGCUGGAUGACCCGGCUUCGAAAGCUGUCAGCAAGCGGUAUGACGAGAUCAAGACGGAGCUAGACGAGAUCAACAAGAAGGUCGAAGCGAGCGCUGGAUCGCGCACCAAGUUGUUAGAUCAACGCAACGCCCUCAGCAAGAAGCUCGACACGCUUUACGCUCAGCGCAGAGACAGGCAGACUGCCUUCAGAGCUGCCAAUGAUGUGUACUAUCAGCGACUGAGUGCCGAGAGGGAGAGAAAGGCGGCCAAGUACAGAGAGGAGAGACAGGCGCAGGAUGCAGCUAAGCGCAAAGAGCACGAGGCGCAAAUGCGGGAAGAGGCCUCUUUGCCUGCUUUCGCACAGGAGAUCGAGGACUGCGAUGUGCUCAUCAACUACUUCAGUGGCGCUGAAGCAAAUGCCACGAAAGACGAAGCGGCCAAGGCCAACUUGGCAGGCGUCAAAGAGCUGUCUGUGCGCCAAGUCGAAGCCGAUGCAUCAUUCGGACAGGCACUGACCAAGAAGGGUCAAGAAGAGGAAGAGACAUUCACGCUGGGUGGAGGCAAGGGGAAGAAGGGAUUUGCUGGCGGCAAAGGAAAGAAGGGCAAAAGGGGCACACCUUUGGCGCUGGGCGAGUCUCCUGCAGACGACGCUGAGCCCAACGGCGGCGCGCCAGCUGCAGCUGGCAAGCUCAACGUUCCUCUGGGCACUCUGAGCGCUCUGUUCGCCCUCUCGAUCCCACCGCCCACUAGCCAGGCGGAUCUGCCUCGGGUGGUGGAGAACCUCAAGCUCAAGAAGGCUUACUUUGUCCAGAAUCAAGCGACCCAGACCAAAUUGAACAUCGAAAAGGUCGAAAAGGCGCUGGCCAAAUCUUCUCUGUCUGGUGCACCUGCCGACGCCGAUCAAGCCGAGAGCGAUGCAGCGCCAGCAUCGAGUGCAGCAUGAGACCUUCAAAGAACUCGGCCGGCUCUGCCUGGCCAAUCUCAAUCAUGGAACACGAACAUUGAGUAUUCUCUUCCGCAAUCAUAAAUCGUUCACCCUUG